CUAUAUACUUUAUAUAUGGGACUAUCUUUCACUUGAAAAUCUUUUUCUUCUUUUGAAGUGAAAAGUAACUACAAAUAACCUUCCCAAAAGGAACAAGACUGAUCGGAUUCAAUCUUUCUUUUCUUCUUCAUUUCACACACACAAACGUUCACUUGUUCACCCUCCCCUUCUUUCUUUUUUUCCCCUCUCUCUCUCUAUCUAUCUCUGUCUCAAUCUCUCUCUCUCUCUCUCUCGUCUCGUCUUCUCUGUCUGUAAUAAACUCACUCUAAGCGGCCGAACGAACCAAACAUGGUAUACACAGGCGAAUUUUGUAUGGGGUCUCGUUUGCUGACACCACUUUCAGAUUUCUUCGGUUUACCCAUAGACCAGAUAAAUUUUAUAGUGUGUCAGCUCGUGGCUCUUCUUCUGGGUAUUCCGUUCCGCAGAGUGUUGUCACCGAGGAAGACCAGUACGACAGUACGGCAUUUGGUGGAGGUGCUUGUUGGUGUCGCACUGACUGUCUUCUGUUUCGGAUAUCAAGUAUGGCACAUUGUGGCUCAGUCUGCCGUGACAUACAUUAUCCUGUUAGUGGCGCCAGCGAUGCUGGCACAUAAGAUUGUCUUUGUGUUUGCAAUGGGCUACCUGUCCUGUAUGCACAUCUACCGGCAGUAUUACGAUUAUGGAGGAUAUACAAUGGAUAUAACUGGGCCUCUCAUGAUCAGCAGCCAAAAGUUGAGCAGUCUGGCGUUCAACCUAUACGAUGGCAGGUAUCGCGACGACAAAGAUUUAUCGAAAAGCCAACGCCAGUAUGCUGUCAGGUCGAUGCCAUCAUUGCUCCACUUUACAAGUUACAUGUUUUAUUUUCAUGGAAUCAUUAUCGGUCCUCUUGCCUUCUAUGCAGACUACAUGCAUUUUAUAAAUGGUGACUGGUACCAAGAGUGGGAAGUUGAUGGCCAAAUAGUUCAGAAACCUUUAGAAAAUGUGCCAUCACCAAGAGUGGCUGUUACGAAGAAGCUUAUCGGCGCCUGCGUUUGUGCUGUCAUUCUGCUCACAAUGCCGAAAAUCAUCCCACCACAGAAAAUGCUGGAACCUGAAUUCAUGGAAAACACCAGUUUCCUGUGGAAGUUACUCUACAUGACGAUAACUGUAUCGUUCGUACGAGAGAAAUACUAUUUUGCUUGGGUCUUAACUGAAGCAGUGAACAACUCUGCCGGAUUAGGAUUCAAUGGUUUCAACGAAAAGGGGGAAGCGAAAUGGGACCUGUUAGAGAACGUCAAUAUAUAUGGAGUGGAGACUGCUGGCAGUCAGAAGGAUAUCAUUGACAACUGGAACAAAACAUCGACCAUUUGGUUACGUCACACCGUCUACGACCGUGUACCGAGGAUGCGUACGAUGUCCGUGUUUGCCGUGAGUGCGUUGUGGCAUGGUUUCUACCCUGGCUAUUAUGUCACGUUUGCCACUGGGGCCAUGUUUACAAUUACGGCCAGAUUGGUACGAAGGAAUAUUCGCCCAUUAUUCAUCAAAGCUAAUCUACAUCCUCUCUACAAUGUAAUCACAACGAUAUUCGCUCGAGUAACAAACUCCUAUGGAGCCCUGCCGUUUGUCUAUUUGGAAUUUAUGCCUGGAAUAAAAGUCUACUUGUCAGUCUAUUGUUGGGCGCACGUCUGCUGUUUGUUGAUCAUUCUUCGGUAUUCUUUGUUCGCCAGUCCACACAAGUCAAAGGCAGACCCACACCAUCGCUCAGUACCACAAACAUCCACCGCAACAACAGAAACAACAACAACAACAGCAACACCUCCAUCAGACGGGUCAAAAGAAAAAGAACUCUAAUGAACUCUUCUGUUAUAUACACUUAGUUGUAAACACACAGCACACACACAUACAUAUACACACAUACAUAUACACACAGACAUACACACACACAUAUAUACACACACACACACAUGCACGCACACAUAUCGACACAUGCACACACACACACACAGAUUGAGUAAAAUGUGUGUGUGUAUAUAUAUGUAUAUAUAUAUAUAUAUAUAUAUAUAUAUAUAUAUAUAUAUAUAUAUAUAUAGAUAUAUUUUAAUUGCAAGAAGUUACAAAGUGACUCAAGAACUGAGAAUUUCGUUUGUGGCACUUGUCAGUUAAAAAUAUAUGUACAUACACAUGCACACACACACACAUAAGCACAUUUGCUUGUGUGUGUGUGUGUAUACUUAUAUGAGCACAUUAUAAUAAAUAUAUUAAUAUAUAUGUAUAUAUGCACAAAGUGUGUGUGUGUGUGUGUUUAAAGAAAUAGUUCAGCUGAGUGCCAUGAAUCUUUUUAUCAAAUCAAUUUUUCAGGGCUUCUAGUUGACAAUAAGCCCUUCAAACACACACACACACACAUGCAAAGAUAUAUAUAUAUAUAUUACUCUGUGUGUGUAUGUGUUUGUAUAUGUGUGUGUAUGUAUAUAUAUAUAUAUAUAUAUAUAUAUAUAUAUAUAUAUAUAUAUAUAUAUACAUACACAGACAUGACAGAAUGAAAUAGACACCCUUAUAAUCAUUAAAAUUUAUUUAAAUCUGAAAUUAUACAUUCAAAUUAUUUAUUUAUUAUUCUAAUGUGAAUAUCCAAUAUUUAGUAGACAUUCCCUUUGCAUUUUUCAAUGCAAGGACCCUAUUAUGCAUGUUACUGAUCAGAUGACGAUUAUUCUCUUGAGGAAUUUCUUACCAAGUUUCAUGCAGUAAUUUCAAAAGAUCUGGAUACUUUCUUGUUCUUUUAACGAAGUGUCCUGCCCAUUAUGCCCCAGAGGUGCUCAAUAGAGUUCAUAUCUGGUGACUAGCUUGGCCAUGGAAGCUUUUUAAUGCCAUUCUCUUUCAAUUAAUUUUGGGUCCUUUUAGCCAUGUGACAAGGAGCCCCGUCUUCCAUAAAUAAAGAGUCUUCUUAAAUCAUUUCACCACUGAAGAAGAUUGGAAGGAAUCCUUUCUGCAAAAUGGACAUAUAUUUAUCUGAGUUUAUGUUUCCCUCACAUUCUACCAGCUUUGAUCUACCAUUGGUCCAAAUUGCUCCUCAGACCAUCACAGAAUAGUUGCCGUGUUUCAUUAUUGGCGGCAAUUAUUUCACGUCAAAUUCUUGAUCACAGAGUCUCCAGACCCACACUCGACCACUGUCAGAAAAUACAGCAAAUCUGGACUCAUCAGAGAAUAUGACAGUGUCUAAAAAUGCUAGUGACCUCUCCACCACCUCACUGGCCCAAUCUUUUCUUUGCUUGAUAUUGGCUGAUUGAAGAAGUGGCUUCCUUCUUGCUGCUUUCCCAUAGUAAACAAAUUUGUGGAAAUACCUGACAGCUGUUCUGGGACUGACAUCAACGUGUUUUGCUAUGUCAGAGGCCUUACAAUGAGGAUCAUCCUCCACACCUCUCUUAACAAAGCAAAGAGUCCUGUCAGGGGGACCUGGUUGACCUGGGUAAGGUGAUGUGGACUCCUUCUCCUCUCUGGUGAAUUGCGCAAUCACUCUAUUAACUGUAGAAAGUGGGAUUCCAAGGUUUUCUACGAUUUUACUCUGUGUCCACCUUCAGAUUGACCCACAAUACGGCCUCUUAGAAAUUCAGACAGUUCCAAGGCUUCUUUUGUAUAUGGCAUGAUUAAACAAUCACAUAGAAACUGAAACAAAAAUAUCAA